CCUCCUUCGUCUCCGACAGCGGGCAGCCCCGAGCAGCCAUGGCCGAGGCCUUCCACCCAGACUUGACGUGCUCCGUCUGCCUGGAGCUCUUCACCGAGCCGGUGCUGCUCGCCUGCGGCCACUGCUUCUGCCAGGCCUGCAUCGCCUCCUCCUGGCAGAGCCAAGCGGGAGCGGCCAGUUGCCCUGACUGCAGGGCGCCUUGUCCCGGCGGGAAGUACACGCCGAGUCGGCUGCUGAGGAGCUUAGCCCAGAGAGCCCGGCAGGCACAGCGGGAGGCAGAAGGCAGCGGCAGCGCCGGGCGGGAGGCGGAGCAGGAGGCAGGCGAAGGGGGAGAGGAGGAGGACGGGAGGCGCUGCUGCGAGGCGCACGGCGACAGCCUGGGGCUCUUCUGCCUCGCCGACGAGGCUCCCGUCUGUUACCGCUGUGUCGGCUCGCCUGCCCACGCCGGGCACAGCUUCAGCUCCUUGCAGGACGGGGCUCGGAAAUGCAAGGAGAAGCUGGCCCAGUGGUUGGAGUCGCUGGAGGCCCGGGUUGAGACGCUAGAAGGGCGCGAACGCUGCCAGGAGGGACACGUGGUUUCCUUGAGAGACUCAGCUGCAUCAUUGCGUGUGAAUAUUGAGGCCAGGUUCUCUGAACUGCAGCAGUUUCUGAACCAGAGGAAAGAUGUGAUGCUGGCCCAACUAGAGAAGGAGGAAAAGGAUGCCCACAAUGACAUGGAGACCCGUUUGCACCAGAUCCAAGAAGGGCUCAAUUAUGCCAUGGAUUUGAGGAGCCAGGGAAGGGUUCUAAUGGAAAGAAAGAACCCAGCUGCGUUCCUUCUGGAUAUCCAGCCUUUCCUGCAUACAAUGACAGAAGGGAAUGAAGACCUUAAGGACUCUUUUGCUGUUCUCUGCAAAGAACUCUGCCUGGGGAGAUUCAAGGGCCCGAUCCAGCACCUGGCAUGUGCAGCUCUGUACUCAGCCUUCAAACUAGGGUUAGAACCUGUCCAACUGGACCCCAAUACUUCUCAUCCUCUAUUGAUUAUCAGUCAGAAUGGAACACAUGUGGAGACUGAGUGGAAAAUUUCGAAGUGCUACGACAACCCAGAGAGAUUUCAGAACCAUCCCAUAGUACUGGGGAAAAGCAGCUUCUGUUCCGGUGAACAUUACUGGGAAAUCGAGACAAAAGAUGCAGCAGACUGGGCUAUCGGGGUGGCCACAGAAUCCAUAGAAAGGAAAGUUCGGGUUCCCGCUCAAGAUAUUGUAGGCAAGGUGUGGGCUUUACGGCUGCGCACAGCAGAAGACAUUGGUCCUGAAGGUGGGACCUUCAGUCAGAGAUUUGGAGUGUAUCUGGACUAUGACAAAGGUCAGGUCUCUUUUUAUGACGCAAAAAAUUAUUCUCACCUUCAUACCCGCAGGGCCCAAUUCAAAGAAAAAGUCUAUCCUUUUUUCUGGAAAAUCACAAGGUGCACUGGGAAAUAUGUGUCCAUGACAAUCUGUCACAAACGGGACAUGUAAGCACUUUUAACGUAAUACCUUUACCACCUUUGUAGCCCAUAGCUACCACAACUUCCAUUAGGGCUUUACUUCCUCUUAAAACAACAGAGAACCACCACUACCCCAGCAUAACUUUUGCAGCUGCCAUUGGAAUCCAGGGAAAUUAAGCUGGCUGAAGUUGUUAGACACAAACUUUCCCCCAUUGUGGCCUUCCUGGCUUUAGCAUCCAGCACUGCGCUUAACAGGCCAAGGUAAAAGGCCGUGUGCAGAGGAGACAAUAAUACUGUCUGAAUCCAAUCUAAGCCUCUGAAAGCUAAAGAUGUUCCUGAUUUUGCUGCAGUGUACCCA